CCUGAGGCCUCCGGCCCCCAUCUGCCCUCCCGGGACUGCCCCAAUGGAAUCCCCAGUGGGGAUCCCCCCAGACCACCGUCCUGCCACCCUCUCCACCAAGUUUUGGGGGUCUCCCUCCCCAGGUUUUCCUUCCCCAUGGAGCCAUAAGAUCCUUCCUAAUGGGGUCUGAGGGGAUCCUUCCCCUGGACCUCCUCUGUUGAAAUACAUUCCUCCAGCUUGUUCUCCUCCCUUGGGAGACCUCUGAAUCCGCCAAGGUCCCCAAAUGCCCCCCGGCUCCCUUGGAUCUGGGACAACCUUCUUUUCUCCAAGCAUGUCCCCACUUCUGGGGAGGAUUUUGCUGGAUCUGUGGUGGGCCUUCCUUUGAAAUGCCCCAUUUUGCAGUGGGGGGAGUGAACCCCCUUAGAGGAGAUCCCUUGGAGCUCUCUUGACUCAGAUUCUCUUGAUCCCAGGUUUUUGGAUCCCACCUAUCCCAGGGAGCCACCGUGAAUCUGUUUCCUCUGGGAUUUAUUGGGAUUUAUUUAUCCCUCUCAGAUCCUACCCCCACCUUGGGGACCAACCCCUGGACCCUUCUCCCCUGCCCACACACCCCUUUUCUCCUCCCCUGAGCAGUGUGGGGGUCACAUCACCAUGAAGGAUCCCCCCUCCUGGAGCUCUCCCAGACCACAGGGAUGGGUGGGCAGGGGUAUUCCAGCUCCUCAUUCACCAGGGAGUGGAGAGGAUGGACGGAUGCCUGGAUCAAGUUCCCCACACAUCCUUUUAGGAGUUCCCCCGUCAUGGUGGGGAUGCCUAGCAGGGUUCUCCCUUCCCUUGCAGAGCCGUCCGGGAGUGAUUUCGGGAAGAGGGUGAGGAGGGAGCCGGCGGGACCGUCCUGGGCACAGGCAGGUGGAGGAUGAACGGCGAAGCUGAGUGCCCUGCAGACCUGGAAAUGACAGCUCCCAAAAACCAAGACCGCUGGUCGCAGGAGGACAUGCUGACCCUCCUGGAGUGCAUGAAGAAUAACCUGCCCUCCAACGACGGGAGCAAGUUCAAAACCACCGAGUCCCACCUGGAUUGGGAAAAAGUGGCUUUCAAGGACUUCUCAGGGGAGAUGUGCAAGAUGAAGUGGAUGGAGAUCUCAAAUGAGGUGAGGAAAUUCCGGACCCUCACAGAGCUCAUUAUGGAUGCUGAAGAGCACGUGAAGAAUCCUUACAAAGGCAAAAAGCUCAAGAAACACCCCGACUUCCCCAAGAAGCCCCUGACUCCCUAUUUCCGCUUCUUCAUGGAGAAGCGAGCCAAAUACGCCAAGCUUCACCCCGAAAUGAGCAACCUGGAUCUCACCAAGAUCCUGUCCAAGAAAUACAAGGAGCUUCCCGAGAAGAAAAAGAUGAAAUACAUCCAGGACUUCCAGCGAGAGAAGCAGGAGUUUGAGAGGAACUUGGCGAGGUUCAGGGAAGACCACCCGGAUCUCAUCCAGAACGCCAAGAAAUCCGACGUCCCCGAAAAGCCCAAGACCCCCCAGCAGCUGUGGUACAACCACGAGAAGAAGAUCUACUUGAAAGUGCGUCCAGAUGCCACCACGAAGGAGGUGAAAGAGUCGCUGGGCAAGCAGUGGUCUCAACUCUCGGAUAAAAAGAGGCUGAAAUGGAUUCAUAAGGCCCUGGAACAGCGGAAGGAGUACGAGGAGAUCAUGCGGGAUUACAUCCAGAAGCACCCGGAGCUGAACAUCAGCGAGGAGGGGAUCACCCGCUCCACCCUCACCAAGGCCGAGCGGCAGCUCAAGGACAAGUUCGACGGACGACCCACGAAGCCACCCCCGAACAGCUACUCCCUGUACUGUGCAGAGCUGAUGGCCAACAUGAAAGACGUGCCCAGCACGGAGCGGAUGGUGCUGUGCAGCCAGCAGUGGAAGCUGCUCUCCCAGAAGGAAAAGGAUGCUUACCACAAAAAGUGUGACCAGAAAAAGAAAGAUUACGAGAUUGAGCUGCUCCGCUUCCUGGAGAGCCUGCCCGAGGAGGAGCAGCAGCGGGUGCUGGGCGAGGAGAAGAUGCUGGGCAGCAACCGGAAAGGGGCGACGAGUCCUGCAUCCAAAAAAUCCUCCCCAGAGACUGGCAAGGCCAGCUCAGAGAAGCCCAAGAGGCCCAUCUCAGCCAUGUUCAUCUUCUCGGAGGAGAAGCGGAAGCAGCUGCAGGAGGAGCGGCCAGAGCUGUCGGAGAGUGAGCUCACCCGGCUCCUGGCCCGCAUGUGGAACGACCUCUCCGAGAAGAAGAAGGUUGGUACCAUCCUCGUAUUCCUCUCCAUCUCCUGGGGGCACCUCGGGCAGUCCAGGGGAUGCUCCUGUGCUUGUCCCGCACCGAGGGGCACAAACGUCCCCUGGAGCAUCACAGUGACAGUGACACAGGUGCCAGUGUCGGCACCGAGGGGCACCGCUGGCUGUGCCACCUCCUCUCAUCACCUGGGGGAUCAAAACCCACCAGACAAAGAAACCUCAGAGGGCCCUUGAGCCGCAGAGUUCAAG